AUGCUCUUCGCUUUCGUAGCAGUGUGCCUCCUCCUGGUGACAGUCGGCGCUGAGGAAGAGGGCUGUCUAAGCCACUACCCAUUGUAUAGAACUUACCUGCAGUUCAAUCGAAGAAUGAAUACCAAUCUGACGGAAUCCGCAGAUCAACUACAGCUGCCCACACUGAGCUCCACAACCUUCACUACCAUAGAAAUGGGAGAGCUACGAGAAACCUUCGUUUCGGACGAAGUAAGAGUGACUCUAAGAAGUCCGACAUGGACAGCUGAGCUAUCACACUCCGAUAAGCAGUUCAUCAAGAAGCACAAAAUCUCCAUUGAAUAG